AUGUUAAUUGCAUAUGCAGAAAGUCUACAUACCGGAGUUCAACCAGAUAUUACUUAUUUAACUUUACUUAAAGGUUUUGGUUUUGAUUCAAAUUGUAAAUGGACAUUACUAGACAAUUCAAAAAAUGAUGUAAAUUUAAAUUCUAAAAUUUCACCUGGCGAAUAUAAAUUUGGUAGUUGUGGUGACAUUGGUUUAAUAAUGUUAAAUAUUAAAAAAUAA